AUGAAGCCGAGUGGGGUGACGGAUGGGCAGAUUAAAUUGAGAGCUUUUCCUUUCUCUCUCAGGGAUGUGCCGAAAAAUUGGUUGUAUUAUCUUCCUCCAGGUACCAUCACAACAUGGGCUCAAAUGAAGAAGUGUUUUCUUGAAAAAUAUUUUCCAGCUACAAUAUCUUCGAGCCUUAAGAAAGCAAUCAGUAAUGUUGAGCAGAAAGAUGAAGAAUCCUUAUACGAUAACUGGGAGCGUUUCAAGAAGUUGUGUGCUAGUUGUGCUUAUCAUGGCUGCUCUGAACAUGACCUCGUACUAUACAUUUAUGGUUGUCUUUUUGAGGAUGAUUUGAGAAUGGUGAAUGCAGCAAGUGGAGGGGGUAUUAUAAACAAGACGCCUUCAGAAGCGAAUGAGUUGAUCUCGGAGUUAGCUGAAAAUUCGAGGCAAUUUAGUCGUCGUUCUUCUACACGUCGAGUAAAUGCAGCUAGCUCGAGUACAUCUGAAUUGGAGAAUCAUGUAGCUGGUUUGGCUUCCAUGAUGCGGGAGUUUAUUGUGAAUACCAAGUCUGCACAGGUGAAAGCUUGUGGUAUAUGCACUUUUAUGGGACAUCCUACUGAUUCAUGUCCUCAACUUCAAGAGGAGUCUACUGAGCAGGUAAAUGCAACCGGGUAUGGUAACUUGCAAGGCAAUCAGCAACAGCAAAAUCCGAUGAGCAAUCAGCAAUUUCCCCUGUACAGGCAACCGUUUCUGAAACCACAAGGCCAAAGUUCUAAUUUGAACAUGUCAACUGAAGAUAUGAUCAAGGCUCUCACUUCUAGUGUGACUAAUAUGCAGCAAAAUAUGGUCCAGUUUCAACAAGAGACUAAGUCUAGCAUUCAGAAUUUGGAGAAUCAAGUCAGCCAGAUGUCUGAGGCUAUGAGUAGACUUAAGGCAAAGGACUCGGGAAAGAUACCAUCUCAACCCGAGCCUAAUCCUAGGCAGCAAGCUCAUGCAAUUACGUUAAGAAGUGGGAAAGAGUUGCAAGAGACAGUGGUAGCAAAGAAUAGAGCUAAAGACCGAGUAGGAACUGAAGAGGAAGAAGAAGCUGUGGAACAAAGCUCGACUUCCAAUCUUCCACCUUUGUCGUCUUAUGAACCAGAUCCACCUUUUCCCGAAGCUUUGCAAGAGACUCGCAGGAAACAUAGGUUGACAGGAGAUACCAAGUUUGCUAGGGCCAUGUUAGAUUUAGGCGCUUCAAUUAAUGUGAUUCCUUAUUCUCUUUAUAAAUCUUUAGAACCUGAACCUUUGCAUGAAACUGGUGUGAUCAUACAGUUAGCUGAUAGGUCGAGUGUCUUUCUAAAGGGUGUGGUUGAGGAUGUUCUAGUCAUGGUUGAUAAAUUGAUUUUCCCUAUUGAUUUUUAUGUGCUUGAUAUGGAAAAUGAUGCACAAGCUACCCCUAUUCUCCUAGGAAGGCCUUUUCUGAAAACUGCUAAGACUAAAAUUGAUGUCUCUACUGGUUCUUUAACAUUGGAAUUUGAUGGAGAAGUAGUGGAAUUCAAUAUCUAUGGUUCAAUGAAGUUCCCUACAGAUGAUUAUUCUCUAUGCUCUAUUGACAUUGUUGAGCCCUUAGUGCAGGAUGUUUUUGAUGUUGACGGAUCAGAUGAGUUGUUGAUGGCACUUGAUAGUAGUUUGAUAGAUGAUGAUUUGGAUUUCUCAUUGUCGACUAACUUGUAG